AUGAAAACCUCACCAGCGCUUUCGCUUUUUCUCUCUCCGACAGUGGAAAAUUAUAGAGAGAGAAACUCGACCUUCUCUGAAGUCCUCUGAGUCCUGUGACCUUUUUGUUUUCAACGAUGGCGGGUUUAAGAGUUUCUAGGGUUUUGUGACGAAUCGAUUUCUCCAAAGUCUCGAUGGAAAUGCCCGGUAGGAGAUCGAACUACACGCUUCUGAGCCAAGUCCCCGACGAACAGACGGCGGCGUUUUACGAGUCGGAGAGCAAGAACAACAAGGGAAAAGCUGAGAGAGGAUUCGAGUGGGAAACUGGAGGGGAUUUUCGGGCGAAUCGGGUCGGGAACCCGUACUCGUCAGUCGGGUUACAGAGGCAGUCGAGUGGGAGCAGUUUCGGCGAGAGCUCGCUCUCCGGCGAAUACUACGCUCCGACUCUAUCGAAUACAGCGGCGAAUGAGAUCGAUGGGUUCGGGUACGUGCCCGACGAUGUGUUCAAGGUUGGGGGAGGUGGUGAAUUUCGAAUUAAAGGUGGGGAUGGAGCUGUAGGGACCACCGGUGGCGGUGGCUCGUCUUCGGGGAAGAGCUGGGCUCAGCAGACUGAGGAGAGUUAUCAGCUGCAGCUGGCUUUGGCUCUUCGGCUGUCUUCGGAGGCCACUUGCGCCGAUGAUCCCAAUUUCUUGGAUCUAGUGCCGGAUGUAUCGGCAUCGAGGUCGUCCGGCUCCGUUGACGCUGUUUCGCAUCGGUUUUGGGUGAAUGGCUGCCUAUCGUACUUUGACAUAGUGCCUGAUGGAUUUUACCUAAUUCAUGGGAUAGAUCCGUAUGUAUGGACGGUGUGCACUGAUAUGCAAGAGAAUGGUCGUAUACCAUCAAUUGAAUCAUUAAGGUCUGUUGAUCCUGGCAUUGGUUCUUCUAUUGAAGUGGUUUUAAUUGAUCGACGUAGUGAUCCCAGCUUAAAGGAACUCCAAAAUAGGGUCUUCAGCCUUUCUUGUACUUGCAUAACUACAAAGGAGAUAGUAGAUCAGCUAGCAAAACUUGUAUGCAACCGCAUGGGGGGUUCAGCUUCUGUAGGAGAGGAUGAAUUUGUCCCCAUAUGGAGGGAGAGCAGCGAUGAUCUGAAAGAUUGCUUAGGAUCUGUUGUUGUUCCAAUAGGCAGCCUUUCUGUUGGUCUCUGUAGACAUCGUGCUUUAUUAUUCAAAGUGCUAGCUGACAGAAUUGAUCUAUCAUGUCGAAUUGCCAAAGGCUGUAAAUAUUGCACAAGAGAUGAUGCUUCCUCUUGUCUUGUCCGGUUUGGGCUUGACAGGGAGUAUUUAGUAGAUUUGAUUGCAAAUCCAGGUUACUUAUGCGAGCCCGAUUCCUUGCUCAAUGGUCCAUCAUCCAUCUCAAUUUCUUCACCGCUGCGCUUUCCAAGACUAAAACCAGUUGAACCUACCAUUGAUUUCAGGUCACUGGCCAAACAGUAUUUCUCAGACUGUCAAUCGCUUAAUCUUGUAUUUGAUGAAGCUUCCGCAGGAAGUGCUGUUGACGAGGACAAUAAGGAAUUCUCUAUGUAUCCUAAACAGUUAGAUAGGAAGAUUACAGGUGGAAACAACCUUUUAAUGGUUUCAAGUCUCAAUGACAACACUUCUAUGCACGCAAAAGUUUCUCAGCCAAGUUUUGAAGAUAGAAAUCCCCAAUUAUUUAACCAUUCUCAAAACAUUGUACACACACCAGGCAUGGUAAAAGAUCCAAUCCCUCUAAAGCGUAUACCACCCAUAGGGCAUAGAGAUGUUUCAAGAGUGGAUACAACUAAAGGCUCGAGGUUUGUCGAGGGAGUUCAACUGGUUCCUAGUAAACCAAGUAAAGAGCUCACAUUCGAUAUAGAGGAUUUGGACAUCCCAUGGAAUGAUCUUGUACUAAAAGAGAGAAUUGGUGCAGGUUCUUUUGGAACUGUUCAUCGUGCCGAUUGGCAUGGCUCUGAUGUUGCUGUGAAAAUUCUUAUGGAGCAAGACUUUCAUGCCGAACGCUUUAAAGAAUUUUUGAGAGAGGUUACUAUAAUGAAACGACUGCGGCAUCCAAAUAUAGUUCUCUUUAUGGGUGCAGUUACGAAGCCCCCAAACUUGUCCAUUGUGACAGAAUAUUUAUCAAGAGGUAGCUUGUAUAGGCUUUUGCAUAAACCUGGUGCAAUGGAGGCAUUGGAUGAGAGGCGCCGGUUGAAUAUGGCUUACGAUGUGGCAAAAGGAAUGAAUUAUCUUCAUAGACGCAAUCCUCCUAUUGUUCAUCGAGAUUUAAAAUCUCCAAAUCUGUUGGUGGACAAAAAAUAUACAGUGAAGGUUUGUGACUUUGGUCUUUCCCGUUUAAAGGCAAACACUUUUCUCUCAUCAAAGUCAGCUGCUGGGACUCCGGAAUGGAUGGCACCGGAAGUCCUGCGUGAUGAACCGUCAAAUGAGAAGUCAGAUGUUUACAGUUUUGGUGUAAUAUUGUGGGAACUAGCUACACUGCAACAGCCGUGGGGUAAUUUAAAUCCAGCACAGGUUGUGGCAGCUGUUGGUUUUAAGAACAAAAGGCUUGAGAUUCCACGUGAUUUGAAUCCUCAAGUGGCUUCGAUCAUUGAGGCUUGCUGGGCCAAUGAGCCCUGGAAACGACCUUCAUUUGCUAGUAUCAUGGAAUCUUUGAUGCCGUUGAUUAAAGCUCCUGCGACUCAACCUAGUCGUCCAGGCGUGCCAUUACUCAGCUGAAUGGGCGAACGCUUAUUCAUGCACAUAAUACAGCAUUCUUUUGAGAAGUGAUGUCUGGCAGGCAUGCAUGCUGUUCAUAGUCUCGGAACCAUUGUACAGUUCUGUUCUAAUCUCCAAUUCAGUAUUCUUUAUCGCUAUCUCUUCUUACCCAUAGAAGUCCACCGAAAAACCGUCCUGUCACGCCAUCUUGGGAAAGUUGUAUCAUUUCUAUUCAUAAUUUUUGUAUGUAAAAGAGUGCGACUAGAAUCAGGUAGCAGCUUUCCCAUCAUGGUACACAACUUGACGUUGUCUUUCAACAUGUAAUGACUUUGUAUAAAUUGUGAAGGUUAGUCACUCAGUUUAGCAGGUUUCUAUUUUUGCUCCCCAAGUGCAAUGGAGAAAACAAAAGUAGAAAGCUAAUACAUACUCUUUUAGCA